ACGUCACCGUUUCACAUUUCCCAAAUCAUUCAACUCAUCCUCAAUGGGACCCUAAUUUGAACACUCUAUCAUCAGCAUUACCCUCUCCACUUUCUCUAUCCAUUAUUCAAUUCAAUUUCGUCAUUCUUUUGACCACCAUUUCAUCUUCUUACCUUUACAAAUCCAUUUUCAACAACACUUCAAUUCAUUUCCACUUUUAGGGUUUCACCAUUUUAUCAUUCAUUUCCUUUUUCGUCAACUAGGGUUAACUCUAAAUCACUCACCUUUUUCAAUAUAUGAUAUUUAGGGGUUUCCCUCAAUAACGCGGGUUUUCCGCGUUGUCGGCUUCAACUUUGAUCUUUCCAAAUUUAUAUAAACAGAGGACUAAGCGAAUUGAUUUCACUUCUUGGAUUUGUUUGUGUUCAAGAGAUUAUUAUUGUUAUGGAUAUAACUGAGAUUUCAAUCUUGCAUCAUGUUGGGAUUGUUUUGAUUUCUCUCUGGUUGUUAUCUUCAUUCGAUUGUUGUCAUGCUGCUUUUUAUUUUCUGGCUUUGGUCUAUCUUUAUCUGGUUCAUGAACGUUAUGUUACAAGGCUAAGGAAGAAGUUGCAGUUUGAGGAGAGGAAACAAUCUAAUCAAAGAAGGGUGCUUUCUGAUUCCGAAACAGUUAGGUGGUUGAACCAUGCUGUUGAAAACAUAUGGCCUGUAUGUAUGGAACAGAUUGUGUCUCAGAAGAUUUUACUCCCUAUCAUACCUUGGUUCUUAGACAAGUACAAGCCUUGGACUGCUAAAGAAGCAGCUGUUCAACACUUAUAUAUGGGAAGAAACCCGCCUUUGAUUACUGAUAUCAGGGUACUUCGCCAGAGUGAUGAUGACCACUUGGUUAUGGAGUUAGGAAUGAAUUUUCUCACAGCUGAUGAUAUGAGUGCAAUACUUGCUGUGAAACUAAGAAAAAGAUUGGGCUUUGGAAUGUCAACAAAGCUGCAUAUAACGGGAAUGCAUGUUGAAGGGAAGGUCUUGGUGGGGGUAAAGUUUCUCAAGACAUGGCCUUUUCUUGGCCGUCUGCGUGUUUGCUUUGUCGAGCCUCCAUAUUUUCAGAUGACUGUUAAACCUAUUUUUACUCACGGGCUUGAUGUGACAGAACUUCCAGGAAUUGCUGGCUGGCUUGAUAAGCUUCUGUCCAUUGCUUUUGAACAGACCCUUGUUGAGCCUAAUAUGCUGGUUGUUGAUGUUGAGAAAUUUGUAUCACCAGAGCAAGAGGCUUGGUUUAAAGUGGAUGAGAAGGACCCUGUUGCUUAUGCAAAAUUAGAAAUUAUUGAGGCAGCUGACAUGAAGCCAUCAGAUUUAAAUGGACUAGCCGAUCCUUAUGUGAAAGGUCAUUUGGGCGGAUAUAGAUUCAGGACAAAGAUACAAAGGAAAACACUCGCUCCCAAAUGGCUAGAGGAAUUUAGAAUUCCCAUCAUAACAUGGGAUUCUAACAAUGUGUUGGUUAUUGAAGUUCGAGACAAGGACCGUUUCUAUGAUGAUAUCCUUGGGGAUUGUUCUGUGAAUAUCAAUGAUUUUAGGGAUGGGCAAAAAUAUGAUAAGUGGCUGCCACUAAAGAAUGUAAAAAUGGGGAGACUGCAUUUAAGAAUAACAGUUUUUGAAGAUAAGGAAAAGGAAGCUGAUACUGCAUGUAACCAGGAACCAAUAGACAUUGGAGAAAGAAUAGAUUCUUUUGGAAAUGAGACCACAAAAAAAAGUUCUUUCUCGUCCGUUUCAUCUGACAAAUCUCCAAAAGUAGCAGAUGACUAUGAGCCUAUAGAAAUUGAAGGGCAAAAGAAGACAGGAGUUUGGGUCCACCACCCAGGAAGUGAAGUUUCCCAAACCUGGGAGCCAAGAAAAGGGAAGAAUCGACGCCUUGACACAGAGAUUCACGGGGAGCUUAAUGAUAUAUCUAGCAACUUAAAUAAUCCAACCGUAUCUGGAUCUUUGAACAACGACAGCAGCAGUCCUGAUGAUAAUCCCGAAGAUAAGCAUCGAAUGAAAACCGUUAGGAAAGGCCUACGCAAAAUUGGUUCUGUAUUUCGUAGGAGUCAGAAAAAGUAUGAAAGAUCAAGUUCAAUUGCUGAGGACAUUCAAUCUCCACAUGAUAACAUUAGAUCAGUAAAUGCAUCUAAAGGGGUUGGUGUGAAGUUUGUUAUGGAUGAUAAUAUUGCUGGCUUUUCGGCUGGUAAGAUUCAGGUAGAAGGUGGAUCCACUGAAGGAAGUGGUUGUGGUCCUGAAAGCCCGGCAAAGAGAGAUGUCAAGGACAUGGCAAAGAAUGUUUACAAAAAUGCAGAAAAAUCGGCUCGUAGCUUAAAACACGUUCUUUCUGGUAAAGCAAGGAAGUCUAAAGGUGAUUCAGUGGCAACCCUUCAAGAAAGAGAAAAUGAAUCGGACACUUCUGGUGAUGAAUUUCUUUCACCAAUUGAUGUAAGAACUCCAGUUUUUUCCCAGCCCAUUGCCCCUAAAAGUGGUUCACCCAAAUCCAAUUUGACUGAGGUGUAUAGUGUUCCAUCCAACACCAAGCCCGAAAAGGCAUGCUCCCCAGAAAAGUCUAAUGAAGAAUUUGUUAAGUGUGGUGAAAACGAGGAAAUGGUAGCAGAUAAAAGGGUUGUUAGCAGUUUAGCUGAUUCGAAGAACACAAAUACCAAACAUGACACCGACAUAUAGUUGUCAGACACGUUGAUAUAGUGUACAGUUUUUCAAGUUAUUUGUUAUUGUAUGUUAUGUGAUACUCUGGUUACAUCCAGAGUAGUUUUUGUUGUAGAUAGGUUUCGGUUUCAUAAAACACGUGUAUGCCACAAGUGCUGUUGGUCUUGUAAAGGAUUGUAAAUAGCUUUUACAUAUACAAGAGAAACAAUGUCUUCAA